AUGUCGAUCUCCGAAACAACUAAAAAGAAGGAGUCUAAGAAAAAAGAGCCCAAGAGCAAAGAACCCAAGAACACUCAGCAGAAGCAAGCGAAAGCCAAGACAAGUAAGAAGAAUGACGACGCCGCCCUCAUUGGUAUCAAUGUGAAAAAGGCAGACGAUCUCGCAGAUUGGUACCAGCAAGUCAUUACCAAGGGUGGCAUGAUAAGCUUCUAUGACGUGUCUGGCUGUUACAUCCUUAAGCCCGCUUCAUAUUCGAUAUGGGAGUACAUAAAAGAGUGGUUUGAUGCGAAGAUCAAGUCAAUUGGUGUGGAGAACUGUUAUUUUCCCGUCUUCAUCUCGGAGGACAACCUUACUCGUGAGAAGGAGCAUAUCGAGGGUUUCGCAGCUGAAGUAGCAUGGGUGACACACGGUGGCCAGAGUAAACUCGAGAAGCGCGUUGCUGUUCGUCCUACCUCCGAGACCGCGAUGUACUCCGAAUUUGCGCGCGAGAUCCGCAGUCACCGAGACCUCCCCCUGAAGCUCAACCAAUGGAACAAUGUCGUGCGCUGGGAGUUCAAGCAUCCGAUGCCGUUCCUGCGCUCGAGGGAGUUCUUGUGGCAAGAGGGCCACACUGCACAUUUGACCAAGGAGGGCGCUGGUAAAGAGGUCCACCAGAUCUUGGAUUGGUACGCUGGUAUCUAUGAGGAGCUUCUGGCUGUUCCCAUGGUGAAAGGCACAAAGACCAACAAUGAGAAGUUUGCCGGUGCGGACUACACAACGACCGUGGAAGGUUUCAUUCCUGCCACUGGACGUGGGAUUCAGGGAGGCACGAGUCAUUGCUUGGGGCAACACUUUAGCAAGAUGUUCGACAUCAAGGUAGAGGAUCCCGACCAGAAGAAAGAAGAUGGAGGUGAGGGCAAGUCUAAGCAUCUCUUCGUUUGGCAGAACUCGUGGGGAUUCACAACACGAUCCAUUGGUGUAAUGGUCUUGACCCACGGUGACGACAAGGGGCUUGUUAUGCCUCCAAGGGUCGCUAAGAUUCAAGCAGUCAUUGUUCCCGUGGGUAUAACUGCAAAGCUUGGAGAAGAAGGUCGCGCAAAACUUGAGGAGCAAGUCAUAGCCAUCGCGGAAGUUAUCAAGGCAGCCAACGUCAGAGUCCACAUCGACAGCCGUGAGGGCUAUUCUCCUCCCUGGAAGUUCAACGAUUGGGAGAUGAAGGGUGUCCCGCUCCGUAUCGAAGUUGGACCCAAGGAUCUCGAGAAGCACCAGGUCUGUACUGCUCGUCGUGAUACUGGAGAAAAGGGAUCUAUUCCCAUUACGCAGCUUGGUACUGAUGUGCCCACCCUGCUUGAUACCAUCCAAUCAGAUAUGUUCAAAAGAGCUGACGCCAUAUAUCGCGAGCAUCGUAAAGAAAUCACCAAUUGGGAUGACUUCGUCCCGGCGCUGAAUUCUAAGAAUUUCUGCCUUAUCCCACACUGCGAAGGCGAUGACUGCGAGGACGAGAUCAAGAAAAUGAGCGCGCGGACAGAUACUGGUGAUGACGUUGCCGAGGACGCCCGUGCUCCAGCUAUGGGUGCGAAGAGUUUGUGUAUUCCGUUUGAUCAGCCUUCUGGUAUCACCCUAGGCGAAACGAAGUGCACGAACCCCAACUGCAAAGCCUUAGCGAAGUCGUGGGUCAUGUUUGGACGGAGCUAUUAG